AUGAGAAUUGUUGUACAACGUAAAGUUAACGGUAAUAAUAAUAAUAAUAAUAAUAACAAUAAUAAUAAUAUAAAUAAUAAUAAUAUAAAUAAUAAUAUAAAUAAUAAUAAUAAUAAUAAUAAUAGUAGCCAUAAUAAUAAUAACAAUAACCAUAACCCAACGCAUAAUAAUAGUAACAACAAUAUUAUUCGUAACAAUGAUAAUUUAAUAAAUACAACAACUACAACCACAACAACAACAACCUCAAACAAUGUAAAUAAUAAUAUAAACAAUGUAAAUAAUAAUAUAAACAACAGCAACGGAAAUAAUAAUGUAAAUAAUAUAAAUAAUAGUAAUAAUACCAAGAAAAAGAAAUCCUCAUCACCAAACUCUUCAACUUAUAUAUCAAACAACAACAACAACAACAACAACAAUAAUAAUAAUAAGAAUAACAGAGAAAUAAGAAAUCAUCGUAACAACCAUUCAGAUGAAGAGAAUAGUGCAGAUGAAUAUGAAUCUAAUAGCUAUAGACACCAUACAAAGAAAAGAGAUUCUACGAAUUUAAAUAGUGGUGGAAUAAGUAAUAGUGGUGGUGGCGGUAAUGGUAAUAUUAAUAUUAAUAAUAAUAUACCAUUUAAUGAUGAAAAAACAUUUGAAGAGAAUUUAAAAAAGAGUAAAGGAUUUAUUGUCAGAAAGAUGAAACAAGAUGGAAAUUGUUUGUUUAGGUCAGUAGCCGAUCAAAUUUAUGGUGACCAAGAGAUGCACAAUACUGUAAGAGAGAAAUGUAUGGACUAUAUGGAGGCGGAACGUGAUCACUUUUCUCAAUUUAUUACAGAAGACUUUGCAGACUAUAUAGCAAGAAAAAGAACCGACAAAGUAUUUGGAAAUAACACUGAAAUGCAAGCUAUGGCUGAACUUUUCAAUAGACCAAUUGAAGUAUAUAGUAAAACAAUUGACCCUAUCAACAUUUUUCAUGGUUCUUAUAAAGGAAACUAUCCAAUUCGUUUAAGUUACCUUCAUGGAAAUCAUUAUGAUAGUAUUUAUGAUUUGAAUAAUCCUUCAGUUGGUGUUGGUUUAGGUUUUGCCGAUUUUCAUCCAGGUGCUGCUGACAAAUCCCAAAUGGAAACUGCUAUAAAAACUUCAGAAUUUGAUCUAAUAGAUCAACAAAUUUAUGAUGAAUCAUUAUUAGAAACUGAUUGGAAAGAGACAGAAUUAGAAAUUGAAGAAGCUGUUUUAGCUGCAUCAAGAGCUGAAUAUUUUGAACAGCUAUUUAAACAAAAACAACAGCAACAACAACAAGAGCAAAAUCAACAAACUACAACUACUACAACUACUACUACCACAAAUAAUAAUAAUAAUAAUAAUAAUAAUAAUAAUAAUAAUAAUAAUAAUAAUAAUAAUAAUAAUAAUAAUAAUAAUAAUAAUAACCAUUUUAACUACUUUGGCGGUAGUAAUAGUACUAGUAAUAACAAUAAUAGUGGCUUCCAUAGAUUUAACAAUAACUUCAAUUUUAGUAGCAACAAUAACAAUACCACCACCACCACCAAUAAUAAUAAUAAUAAUAAUAAUAAUAAUGAUAAUAAUAAUAAUAAUAAUAAUAAUAUAAACAAUAAUAAGUUCAACUGUUUCAAAUAA